AUGUUCGUAGUUCUCUCGGCGUUAAUUGUUGCAUGUUUGGAUCAGAUCGUAUGCUUUGGCGUGGGUCCUGUCACAUCACCUGCUACUUUUCGAAUUGGCUCAAAUGAUUCAAACAUACUAUUGCAAGGCUAUAUAAAUAUAACUUUGGCUUACACAAAGGUUCAAAAACCACCUGUUGUAGUUUCAAUUGAUUCGGCAACUCAGGGAGGAUUUCAAGUUUCGGGUUAUUUCGAAAAGGAGAUAGAAAGUUUGGACUUAUCUUGGAAAACAGAUUGGUCAAACAGUACUUGGAACCUUACAUUUCAAUUCGCCAAGUCUGAAAAUAGUUACAACCUCAGUGAAAUUAGUUUACUUUAUGAACUGGAUGAUUUGCCGGGUUUAAGAUAUGCAUCAAAUAACCGUUCACUAUUUUCCGUUACAAUCGGUUCAUACUAUUCUUGUCAAGCUGAACAGAACAUAGUUUUAAAUCAUUCCACACCGAAUCCUGUAACUGUUAAACUAACUUUGUCUCAGUUGAGAGUUCAAGCAUUCAGACAUGGUUUAGAGCCUGAAUUUAAUGGUAUCAUGGUUCAGUGCUUACUCGACUAUCAUUUAGAUAGAGUUGUUCCAAUUGUCAUUGGUAUAUCGUUAGCGGUAAUGAUUAUCGUUGCGCUGAUCGCAUUCAUUAUCACAAGUCGACGUAAUCGGAAUAUCAGUGGAAGCAGUGGCAGUGGUGGCUACCAACAAAUCUGA